AUGCAAAAUUCCAAUAUGCAUCCUCUUCUUAUUGACGAUGUCAUGCAAGAGAUUCGAGCAGCUUUCCCUGUUCGAGAACCUCCCCUGACCGUAGACCUCUUCGGUCAGAGCAACAAGCCGAGCCAGGAAACUUCGCCGCCCAGAACUCCUCAAGUUGACACUUUUAGCGAAGUUGAUAGGCUGCAAAACUUGGGUCUAGUCCGCUCUGACAGAAUCGAUGAUAAUGAGGAGCCUCUUGUGGCUGUCAUCGGGUGCGGAUAUGUUGGAACACAGCUCAUCGGCUCUUUUUCGAGUCAUUACGACGUGCUGGGUUUCGACGUAUCAAAAGAGCAACUCCGAAGACUAGAAGAGGAGUAUGGAGGCGAGGAAAGUCGGGUGUCUUUCACCCUCGAUCCUCGGAACCUCUCCAAGGCUACCCACUUCCUGAUUUCAGUGCCAACGCUUCUCAAAGCUGACAAGACAAUCGACACGUCAUAUGUCAGAAGUGCGUUAACAAACGUGCGAAAAUAUGCUCGGCCAGGAUCAACAGUGGUGAUAGAAAGCUCUGUUGCCAUCGGAAUGACAAGGCAGCUACUCGGCCCCUUAGCUAAAGAGAAAGGCUUUUUCGCGGGCAUGUCUCCAGAGAGAGUCGACCCUGGACGAACUGACCCGCCCAUGCACACAAUUCCCAAGGUCAUAUCCGGAUUAGACGAUGUUGUGCCCGGAUCUCUUGCCGCAAUUACCCGUUUAUAUUCGCGUGUAUUUGACUCCAUCGUUCCCGUAUCAACACCGGAAACGGCAGAAAUGACCAAACUAUAUGAGAACUGCCAAAGGAUGAUCGCCAUCACGUAUGCUAACGAGAUGGCGGAUGCUUGCGUUGGCCACGGCAUUGACCCUUAUGAGGUAUGCAGAGCGGCAUCAACCAAGCCGUUCGGUUAUACUCCGUUCACUCCCGGUCUUGGUGUUGGAGGCCACUGCAUCCCAGUCAACCCGUACUACCUCAUGGCCAACAGCUCAUUCCCUCUUUUGAAGAUGGCAACUGAAACCAUGUGGCAACGACCGGAGAAGAUCGGGCAAAGAGCUUUGGAUGCCCUUUUCCGGGAGGCACCGCACAAUGCCUCAACUCAAACUCCCGCCAAUGACGAGAACACUUAUCUUAGUAACAAGUCCGACUUCGAACACAUCGAGAGUACUGAUACCUCAUCACGGAUAUCACUUUCAGAGAAAACAUCCAGCUUAUUCCGACCUCGAGUACUAGUUGUCGGAGUAGGAUUUAAAGUUGGCCAGUCUCAUCUUAGCAACUCACCGGGGCUGAAGCUUAUUCAAACUCUCUCUGACUCGGGGCGAGUCGAUGUUAUGUUUGCCGAUGCAUUGGUAGAGCAAAGUGCUAUCCCUCAUAUUCCCCGUCUAGAUAUGAGUGACUGGAACAAGUCAAGCCUCGAAGGGUUCGACAUGAUUAUCGUCUCUUUCAAGCAAAAAAAUAUGGAUUUCAAGGUUCUCGACGAGGUUCAAAAUGUUCGGGUCGAAAUGUGGUGCCCAUAG